AUGGCAUUACGCAGACGAACUUUGCUCAAAGUCAUUGUUCUUGGAGACAGUGGGGUUGGAAAAACUUCAUUGAUGAAUCAAUAUGUGCACAAGAAGUUUAGUCAGCAAUAUAAAGCUACAAUCGGUGCUGAUUUUGUCACCAAAGAACUGCAGAUCGAUGACAGACUUGUUACUCUACAAAUAUGGGACACUGCAGGGCAAGAGAGAUUUCAAAGUCUUGGUGUUGCAUUUUAUAGAGGGGCAGAUUGCUGUGUUCUAGUCUAUGAUGUUAAUGUAAUGAAGUCAUUUGAUACACUUGAGAACUGGCACGAGGAGUUUCUCAAACAGGCAAACCCUCCAGAUCCAAGGACUUUUCCAUUUAUAUUGCUUGGAAACAAAAUUGAUAUUGAUGGUGGGAAUAGUCGGGUGGUUUCUGAAAAGAAAGCAAAGGACUGGUGUGCUUCAAAAGGCAAUAUUCCUUACUUUGAGACAUCAGCAAAAGAGGACUACAAUGUUGAUGCCGCAUUCCUAUGUAUUGCCAAAACUGCUUUAGCCAAUGAGCGUGAUCAGGACAUAUAUUUUCAACCUAUUCCAGAGGCUGCUGCUCCAGAGAAUGAACAGAGGGGUGGAUGUGCAUGUUGA